CACGGCUAAUUUAUUCUAUAAAAAAUGAACACAUUACUACACUAGCUCUUCAUAUGUACACACAAAUAAUUCAAGAUAAACAUUUCUAGCUCUGCUUCCUUCAAAAUUUUCUCCAUCACCGAUUAGCAAUGCAUUCCCAAGCCAUUGAUGAGCUUCACUUCAUCUUAUUUCCUCUAAUGGCACAAGGCCACAUGAUUCCUAUGGUAGAUAUUGCAAAACUAUUAGCUCAACAUAACAUUUUUGUCACCAUAGUCACUACACCACUUAAUUCUGCUAGAUUUACAUCAGUUCUUGCUCGUGCCAUUGAUUCGGGCCUCCGAAUCCAAGUUGUGGAGCUUCGAUUCCCGGUGGAAAAAGCCGGACUGCCGAAAGGGUGUGAGAAUUUUGACAAGCUGCCUUCUCUUGAAUUGAGUGUCAACUUUUUCAGAGCAGCUAGUGAGCUUGAACAGCCAGUGGACGAAUUGUUCGGAAGGUUAACUCCGAAACCAAGUUGUAUAAUCUCUGAUAUGACUCUGCCUUGGACUAUUAACAUUGCUAAAAGAUGGAAAAUUCCAAGAAUUUCUUUUAAUGGAUUCUCCUGUUUUUGUAUGUUGUGUAUGAAUAAUGUUUCUGUUUCAGGAAUUUUAGAGACUAUAGCUUCUGAAACAGAAUAUUUUGUUGUUCCUGACUUGCCUGAUCGUAUUGAGAUAACAAAAGAGCAGCUUCUGAAGCCGUUCGUUAAUAUGGAAGACUAUCACGAACAAAUCAUCGCAGCUGAACAGGAGAGUUACGGAUUGAUUAUAAAUACAUUUGAAGAAUUGGAGAAAGCUUAUGUUAGACAAUACAAGAAAGCAAAAGGAGAUAAAAGAGUUUGGUGCAUUGGUCCUGUUUCGUUAUGCAAUAAAGAUAGAUUGGAUAAGGCUGAAAGAGGCAACAAAGCAUCGAUCAACGAAAACGAGUGCUUGAAAUGGCUUGAUACUUGGCAAUCAGGUUCUGUCAUUUACGCCUGUCUCGGAAGCCUCAACAAUCUAAGUCCUGCACAUAUGAUAGAGCUUGGUUUAGGCUUAGAGGCGUCGGAUAGACCAUUUGUUUGGGUUAUAAGAGGGGACGAUAAGUCCAGAGAAGUAGAGAAAUGGAUUGAAGAAAGCGGAUUCGAGCAGAGAAUCAAAGAAAGAGGACUCAUUAUUCACGGCUGGGCACCACAGGUGCUGAUCCUGUCUCACUCUGCAGUUGGAGGAUUCUUGACGCAUUGCGGUUGGAAUUCAACACUUGAAGCAAUAAGCGCCGGAUUGCCUAUGGUUACAUGGCCACUUUUUGCAGACCAAUUUUUAAACGAGAAGUUGGUUGUUCAAGUACUGAAGAUUGGUGUAAGUGCUGGAGUGGAAGCUCCAGAGAAGUGGAGAGAGGAAGAGCAACUUGGCGUAUCGGUUAAGAGGGAAACGAUUACGAGGGCUGUCGAUGAGUUGAUGCGAGAAGGAGAGGAAAGCAAAGAAAGAAGAAGAAAGGCUAAACAACUUGGAAAGUUAGCAAACAGGGCAACUGAAGAAGAUGGAUCUUCUUCUAUUAACGUUAAACUUCUAAUCCAAGAUAUUGUGCACCACAAGAAUCACGAGCAAAUUGGUGAUAUCGACAUACUGAUCUAAGACAUACAACACUGAUCAUGAUCGAGAAUCCGAGAUACCAUGUUCAUUUACAGUCUGGAAUAGACCGUUUUCUAUAUUAAAUCUUUGAUGUAUUAUUGGUUUAAAGCUCAACUGAAGGAAAUUGAUUAUGCUGCAAACUCCAGCAUUUCUUGAAA